UGAUGGCGGGCGGCGUGGUUCAAUGUUCGAGUACGGGAAAUCGGUUGGCAAUAUCAGAAUCAAGGUUCGCUGGUACGCGUAUAAGUGCUGAAGGCGUCUCGCGAUGAACUUCGCAACGAGUUGCGUCGAAUUGCUGCACGAUGAUUCCCUCAACGUUCCCUGCUGUGAGCACGGACCCGGGCUGCUUUUUAGACGAUUGGGAAUUUCCGGCAAAAAUGACGGACGCCCUUUCUACGCCUGCUCGGCGUGUCGGCGACGCAAGGAUUGCCCGUUCUUCCUCUGGAAGGAGCAGGCGUCGCGCUGCGGCAACUCCGAGUGGAACGCGGUGAAGCGGCGGGUCUUGCCUGAUUCGACGCACGCUCAACUGCACGACAAAUACCUGGAGCUGCUGAAACGCGAGCCGCGCGAGCGAUACUUCUGCUGCCGCGCGCUGCUAUCGAAGAAGGACUUGAAGAAGCACCAUUCGGGGCACUCGUUCACGAACCCAGUUUCGGACGAAAACCUGAGGCGACCCAGCCGUCUCCUGCACGCCGAUCUUAACAACGCCACGAAGGCCCAGUACUUCUUCUCGGACUCCACUGCUCGUUUCGUUCUCGACACGUUAACGCGAUUGGGCUUCGAUCGCGUCAUCUGCGUGGGGACGCCGACUUUGCACGAACACUUCAGGAACGAACAUCCCGAGGUGAAAUCCUUGCUUCUGGACAUCGAGCAGGCGUACGAGCAGUUCUACGGCCCCGACGAGUUCUGCUGGUUCAAUAUGUUCAACAAUUUCCACUUUCGCGGCGAACCAUCGGAGGCGGUGGUCAAGGACAGGUUGCUCACCGGCCGCCGCUGCGCCGUGGUGGUCGAUCCUCCGUUUGGAGGAUUAGUGGAUGCCGUCGCGAGGACGCUGGAACAUCUCACCGAGCAGGCGGCCACUCUGGACUGCGAGCUCAAAGUGUUCUGGUUCUUUCCGUACUUUAACGAAAAGCGCAUCAUAGCAGCCUUGCCACGACUGCGCAUGUGCGACUAUGCCGUCGACUACGAGAACCACGCGGAUUUCACCAGUGACGGCGGCAAGCGGGCCAAGGGGUCGCCCGUGCGAAUCUUCACCGACGUGCCUCUGGCACAGAUACCGCUACCAGAGGGCGCCGGCUACAAGUUUUGCGGAACGUGCGACCGAUGGGUAGCCCCCCACAAUGAGCACUGCACCGUUUGCAACAACUGCCCGUCUAAAGACGGUGGACCUUACAGACACUGCGAACUCUGCGGCGUGUGCGUGAAACAGGCGAACGAGCACUGUUCCACGUGCGACAGGUGCCUCCCACCAGGACACGACUGCCAGUCAAAGGGCAUCACUUGCUUCGCUUGCAAGCAGUCCGGCCACAAAAGCACAGAGUGCACACAGAGAACUGCAGCAGAGCGUAAGCAUUUUAAAAGGAAAUUCAGUGGUAACGUUUUCCGAUGCAAAAAGAAGAAAAAGCGCCGUUAGUGUUCGCUCACUGGCUCAGAGUCAUUUCAUUAGGAGCCACAAAGGUGGGGUAAUAAUAAACACACCCAUAAAAAGAGAAAACUGCGGGAUGCAUUUCAAGAUUCUGCUGCGACCAGUAAUGUUUGUACAUAAAGAGGUCUUGGUACUAAUUGUGUAGGACUACUGUUGGACGCAUGAUGCUUGACGUCCACACUGUAGUGUUCAAAAUGCCUUCAGUGAAAUGGUGAGUGAGUGGGUUGAAAGGGGGAAAAUAAAAGAGUAGAGGACGCA